CUUAAUUCUCCCUUCUCUCUCGACAACAACUUCCACAUUCCACCAGAUAUCCACACUCCGUGACUCAACCAGUACCACAACUACCCGUCACUACUCCCUACCUCUACCAACCGAUCUUAUGACGGACAAUACAGACCAACCCGCCAAGCCAGUUGAAGUUCCAGACGACCACGGACUCACGCCUCGCUCGAGUCCUGGGUCUGGAUGAUUUGCCGGCCUCACUGCUGAGGACAUGAAGCGCCCGAAUCUUGAUGAUUUCACAUUUGACAAAGCCGUCGCGCCUGAGCACCCGACCCCGGCAGCAAUCGCCUUUAUUUCAGACGCUCACCGCACAGUCUCCCCCCUAGGUGGCGUCGUCGAGGAAGUUGAGAUGCUGCGUAAACACACGGACGAGCUCUUUGAAAUGUCCUUGCCUGCGGUCAUUGUUGCCAACCCAGCUGCAAUCUGGACAGAGACCGACAAGGCUGAGACAAUCUAUGGCAUCAAGGCAGACGGUACACCCCAACACCAGUUCUUCCUCGUCUCGUGCAAAGACAUCUCUCGAUAUAUCCCCGGGAUCGGCGACAAGUGCAGCUUCUACAUCACGUCACCCUUCAAGAGACGCGACCCCCCGCUCGUAAGCUCCUCAGCACCGCAGCGAAGUCUUGCGACGCUAUCUUCAUUUAUCUCCUCAACCAAAUGCCCUCAUGCGCUACACAUCUUCGUGGGUGACAACAAUCAUUUCGCCCCGAUUAGCCUGAUGAGAGACGACGGUGAGGAGCACGACUUCUUCGGUCCUCAGCGAAAAAUGAGUCUCUUCCGACGUGUCGAAAAGUCUAGUCAGAUGUCUGCAACACUCCGCGUCAACCAUCGAGCUCAUGGCACUGCCGUCAAUUGGGCUGGGAACUACUUUUACAUCGGCGAAAUGCUGGUGUUCAACAAAGCACCAAGCUCACUCACCAUGUCGAUGAGGAAGUGGUUGGCAGCUGUCUCUGGUGUUCAGAAACCAACCUCGGCAGUGUACGUUUUCGACGUGGAUGAGUCAACUGAGAUAGGGGUGGGCACAUCUUUUGCCAACCUGGUCAACGCGUUGUUCGGACGAGAACUUGUCGCACACAUCUACCGCAAGUCGCCUAUCAGGAACGCAGUCGGCUUCGCUACAGGCCGCCAACCAGUGCGCUUCGGCUCACUCCUGGUGAUUGUCGGUUACUCUGCGCAGAAGAACGAAUGGGAGGGACGUCUUCGCGAACUCUCACCCGCUGGAGUUCCACUCCACCGAGUUAAAGUCCGAACGAUUGAUGACUCUCCCAGCCAUGAAGCUGACAUUGUCAUUUGUGACCUCACUCGCACCGAUAAAGCAGGUUUCCUCGACGACAAAGAGCGACUUACCGUGGUGCACUCGUUCGCAUACACAUCUUGCAGACUUUUUCCGCUACGUUGA